AUGAGAAUCAGUUGGAAAAAAAACCUUGAUUUAGCAGCUGAUGUGUAUAUUUCAAGAGUGCAAGGGACUCCAUGUGGGGAAGCGAAAGUACAGUUGUACAAAGGUGCUGAUGGCAGAUGCUGCUGAAAUUCUUAAGCGGAAAAUCCACCGAAAAAGAAAGUUUGCAGAGAAACCAUCCUGAAAUGUACAAGUAUUUUCAUUAAGUUUGGAAAGUGUAUCUCAGUCACAAGUUGCCAAACUUGUCUAACAAGUUUUUAGUGCUUGCUUUGUGCUUUCAACCGGGAUGCUCACAUAGCCUGUGUAUGGCUGGGAACAAAGAACAGAGUUGCUGGUAUCAAGGUGGACCUCCCCUUACUUAUUUCCCACUUCCAGUCCCUGAUCCUGCAAAACCAUGGGGCGGUGACUGCUCCAGCUGUAAAGGUCAAUGUCCCGGUCACUAUAUGAAGCCUCAACAAGCCUUGCUACAUGUUCAAGAACAUGGGAACAAAGAUGUCCAGUCUGAUCCCCCAUCAGUUAUUCUCCAGGAUGCAUUCAAUGAAACUGUUAAGUCAGGAACUGAUAUUUUGGCGAAGGAAACCCACUUAACAGUGCAGGAGACUGUGAUGUGGCUUAAUCAUCUGAAAGGAAUUAGGGCAAGAAGA